UCAUAAGAGAGAGCUACAUUGGGUUAUGCUGUUGGUGUUGCCCUGUUGGGCAUGGACAUUGACUCACGAUUCUUCUGUAUCAUUCUCAAUUGGAUGGUUACUCGGUUCCAUUGUGCUAUCUGCUCUGGCUUUGACUACUUUGACUCACUAUCCUAAUUAUGACCGUAUCUGUUACAACUGCAGACAACCUGGCCACUUUGCCAGGAACUGUCCGUACCCCCGACAGGAAGGAUUGAUUUCGGGGGUUCCGGUAAGUCGCUUUGGUGCUAGCUCCUCUUCAUACACUCCUCCUCAGAGCUAUGCGCAAGCUGUUUACGCUCCUUCUGCUCCGCCUAUCGCCCAAGCUCCUCCUGCUCCUCCUCCUCCACCUCCCCCUCCUCCUCUGCAGACUGCUUCUUCACCAUCAUCUUCUCCCACCAAUGCGAUUAUUCCGUACCGUUCCAAUCCUCUUCCUCCUUCAACGGCUCCAUGGGCCCCUCGGCAGAGGAACAAUGAAGGUGAGGUGGUCUCCCUGCGCCGAGAACUUGUCAAUGACAAAAGGGAGGAGAAGGACAGGAGACGCGAGGAAGAAGAUCGGCGACGAAGGGAAGAGCAAGACCGUAUCAGUAAGGAACAAGAGAAAAAACGUCUGGAGGAAGAAGAAGCACGCCAAGCAGAGGAGGCCAGGAUGGCGAGAAUGAUCAACACGAAGAUGGAGGAGUUGGACAAGCAGCACCAGGCGCGUACUGAGGAAGAAAACAAGAAGAUCUGGAAGGAGAUCGAAAGAGUGGUGGGGGAACCAAAGCGGAGAUCAGGCAAGGAAGCCGCUACAGACAACCGUGACAAUCGAAAGAGGUCUCAAGAGGAGAUUGAAGGUUCGCCCCCUGUGGUGCCGGCACAUGGUGAGGCCCGUACAGUGGAGCAACCCAAGCCAAGUAUCCCUCAAGUUUCCGGACUUGACGCUGGACUACUGCUGAUGGAGAUCGAUAACGUACAACGAGCACAAGACCAUCAGUUCGGACUAAUCAGACGGAUGAUGGAGAUUGUAGAGGAAGCUGGAGCUGCCCUCCACGAUACUCAUCCAAAGGCUGAUCCUGGUCCCUUGGCGCCCACGGCUCCCCUGGCGGAUGUUCGCCCUGACUUUGACCUCAGGGGACAACAGUCUCAGUCCAACUUGGUAAAGGGUAACGAUGCUCCCUCAAAACCACUUGAUAGGAACCGGAAUGAGCCAAGGAUGGCUUACAAGUCGUCUGGCAGGCCAUCCCAAGAGCAGGGGCAUAGAAACGAAAACUGCAUUGCCAACACACCUCAGGCAGGUCUUCCCCUCACUUCCAGUCUUACUCCUCCUGUAGGAAUAGUCACAGGGAAUGGGGGAAAAGAUCACAGGAACCCCAGCGCAGGUCACAACACCGAUUCCAACGCUGGGCCAAGCGCAGACAAGGCAACGCCCGGGGAAUUAAUCCCCAACGAAACAGCCAGGACAGCAGAAAUGGAGGUGGAGCCUACAUACAACAGGCCCGGCCCUACAGGGGUUACCCCUACACCGGAUAUUAACAGCGAGCCCAACUCAGAGGGUAGGCCACAGGACCCCCCCAAGGUGACACUGAUCGACGGUGAAUCUGCCACCGGCCUUUGCACUGAUCAUACAGAGACCUCAGGAGUCAGGAAAGCCGGGAUCUUGGCGGGGAUUCCAGAUGCCAACAUAGGCACCAAGGGACCUGGGGAAACUCCGACAGCGACUGAGUUGGUAGGUGAACCCCCCGAGGGGAAUUCAGAAAUCAGGGAAAUUGUUGGGGAGAAGGGUAGGGGAAAAGGCAAUGGGCCAGACUUAGAGGAUGAUAGGAAACGGAAAACGGCAAAGCCACACAGGCUGUCACCCAACACGGGGUCAUCCCUCAUUGUAAUGGUAGGAACAGCGGAGGGCGAGACAGUCUCCAUGUUCCCACCAGAUGAUUUCUCCCUGAUCGAACAACAGAGGGACAGUGCCACCAAUGAGUAAAAUCAAAACAGUCUCCUGGAACGUUAGAGGCCUGGCAGAUUCUAAUGACAAGUUUAAAUGGGCUAGGCUGAAAACAUGGGUGCACCAACAUAAGGCCCAAAUCAUCAUGCUCCAGGAGACUAAGUUGAACGAAUAAAAGAUAAAUGAAGCAAAAUGGAAAUG